CUACCCGGCUACCCAGAGUCUUUGCCGGGGGCCGCUUCGCCGACCCCAACAUGGCCUGCAGUAAUCUCGCCGACGAGCUCAUCCUGCCUAUCCAGCAGGUCCUGCUCGGUCUUCUACUCGCCAGCGCCAAUGUGUACAUCGUUCAGAAUGGUCACCGAGUCGAGGAGUGCGCUUCAAUGUGGGGCGGAGUGGUGCUGGACCUGGACUCUGACGACCCCGUGUGCUACACGCUUGAGAUUCCCGGAUCCGGGGCAAGCAACACGGACAUCUCCAUCCCGCUCAGCGGCAACGUCUCGGACCUGAUAUAUAGCACUUAUAAGAUCAACCAAACUGCUCUGGUCAGGAGCUCCCUGCAGUGCCAGUCAACAAACAACCGCUAUCAUGCAGCUUACACCCCUCUCACCACAGUCAUUCCGGGAUCCGGAUACUCGACCUCCUCCCUCCCGUCGUGUUUCUUCAACCUGCCCGUCCUAUACACCAACUAUGCUGCAAGUAUGAAUAGUUCAAGGGAGGGGAUAUCGGGCACUCCCUGCCAGGUGCGGGGCGGUACCCCAGCAGACGGGGUGGGUCACCAUCUUCCCUCGAAUCUGGCUGCCGUGUUCACCGGCGAGUUCUGUACCUGUACGUCCACGGCGCCAGAGUCAUUAUCUUGAUUAGCAGUGACCCAAUGCUGGCAACAUAAGUGCGCAUAGCCAGAGCGGAAUCCGGCUCCGAGGAAUGCAAGAACGCAGUGUGUCUUAUGGUCUAUCGGCAGCAACAACUCGCAAAGGGCCGUAUUGGCCUGGGGUCAACUUUUAUAAUGAUGGUCAUGUUGCUGAG